CCCCAGACAGACCAGUCCUCCUCCAGUCUUCCACCGUCACCAGUCUCCUGCAGUUCCUCUCAGGUCAGCCGUGAAACAGUCAGCCCACCCAGAAGAUUCCCGUUCUCUAGUACAAAAUCACUUCCAGAGGCCCUUGGAUCCCUGAGAGAGAAGAGGAGCGAACGGAUUACCCUCCACCACGUCACAUCCGUCCUACCAGAGAAGGGGCUGGGCUUGAGAGUAGCAGAGCGAGAGAACGAGAUCCAGCAAGAGAACAGAAGUGCGCACACCGAGCGAGAGCGGCAGCCCCAGUGAGCGCGAGAGAGAAGCAUCUGUAAUCCCCCCCCACGCCUUCAGUGAUAAUGUGUCAGAACAGGAGCCUUCAGCGGGCGGCAGCGCAGAGCUCAGGGAAAUGGUGAGAUGCUGCAGGUCUUUGCACAGCCCUCCGUCUUGCUACAAUCUCCACAGAGUUAGGGUUGAUGUGCGCCGGCUCCGGACGAUCAGCUCCACAGGAGCUGCCGGGGAGCAGGGGGGAAGCAACGGCGGCAACGUCUCAGGCCACGGGGCCCAAGCACUCAGCCACAGGAACCGAUUCAGGUUGCAGUUCCCUCAGUUGGCCUUGCGGCGUCGUCUUGGCCAGUUGAGCUGCAUGUCCCGGCCCGUCUUGCGGCUGCGCUCAUGGCCGCUCAGCUUCCUCUACUACUUCCUGACCUUCGGUGCACUCAAGCCCCUGGCCAAGGUUGGCUGGAGACCAACAAGCAGGGUUGCUCUGUACAAGACCAUCCCAACACGGCUGCUGUCUCGGGCCUGGGGUCGCCUGAACCAGGUGGAACUACCGACCUGGCUGAGAAAGCCAGUCUAUAGUCUGUAUAUCUGGACGUUUGGCGUCAACAUGCAGGAGGCGGCUGUGGAAGACCUAAUUCAAUACAGGAACCUGGGAGAGUUCUUUAGACGGAAACUCAAACCGGCUCUCCGGCCCGUGUGCAACUCGCACUGCGUGAUCAGCCCAGCAGACGGGAAGAUCCUGCACUUUGGGCGGGUGCGGAACUGUGAGGUGGAGCAAGUCAAAGGAGUCACCUACUCUUUGGAGACCUUCCUGGGACCCCACACCUGGGCUGAGGCCAUCAAUUGUACCAUCAAGCCAUCAAAUGAAGAGGACCCCAGCUCAUUCCAGGACCUGCUGGUGACUAAAGAGGGGAAUGAGCUGUUCCACUGUGUGGUGUACCUGGCUCCAGGAGACUACCACUGCUUCCACUCCCCCACAGACUGGAGAGUGGCCCACAGAAGACACUUCCCUGGCUCUCUGAUGUCAGUGAACCCUGGCGUGGCUCGCUGGAUCAAAGAACUGUUCUGCCAUAACGAGAGAGUGGUGCUGAGCGGAGAGUGGACGCACGGCUUCUUCUCCCUCACCGCUGUAGGAGCCACCAACGUGGGCUCCAUACGCAUCUACUUUGACAAGGAGCUUCGGACCAACAGCCCACGCUACAGCAAAGGCUCGUACAACGACUUCAGCUACUUGUCUAACAACAACCAGGAGGGCGUGAGCAUGAGAAAAGGGGAGCACCUGGGAGAGUUCAACCUGGGCUCCACCAUCGUCCUGCUCUUCGAGGCUCCGCACGACUUCACCUUCAACCUGAAGGCCGGCCAGAAGAUCCGCUACGGAGAACCCCUGGGGACUAUGUGAGCCAAGAUGGCUGACCAGAGAGACGCUUUCUGGGGGAAACAGACUAAACUAUAAGAAACUGAUGGACACGCUAACGUGCGUGUACAGAUCCAAGGGGACUUGCGUGCGCACAAACAAACACACACACACACGCACACACACACUCAUUCAUACACUGACAUUCAGUAAAUGUACUGUACAUUGAAAUUGAGAGAUGUACAGCUACCAUACGAUGCACUGACUGACUCACAGCAAAAACUCACAAGCCACCACUGUUGCUUUACUAACAAAGGGGUCUCCCUGCUCCAUCGACUAGUUUCAAUUAACUAUUUACUUAUUUUCACAAUUGAUUACGACCAGCAAAAGCAAGAUAGUUUACAGCAAUUAGUUACUUUUUUGUUCCAUAAGAAUAACAUAGCUUUUACAUUUUAUUAGCAUCUUUUAUUUUGUUUUGAUACAUUUUACCCAUAUUGCCUUUUGUCAGGGGUCUCCUCGUCAAUGGGGAGUUUCUCUGAGGUUUCAGACACGAGCAGCACUAGCCUGAUUUUAAAGAUCUGCUUAGUGCCGUGGAGCCCAACUCCUUUGUCCGUUGGCCAUACAUCACAAACAGAUCUGGGACUAGGCUAGCGAGCUGCGAGACGCAUCCACACACAGGUUACCCCUGUCACACUAAGCCACUAUCAUGUGGACAGGCUUCCCUAUAUAGUAUACACACCUACAGUAAACACACCAUGAAGAAGGAAUGUACCAGAGACUAUAUACAGAGCUACCCUCUUCUCUUUCCCUCCCUCCUUCACUCUGAUACUGAGCGCCUUCCUCCUCUCCUGUCUCUUACACUCUCCGUCCGCACUGCUGGCUCUCCCUCUUCUGCCAUCCCCAGAGAAGGUGCUUGUGUUGGGGUGACUAUGUGGACUCUUCCCCCUUCCUGUCAUGGAGGUAAAGACUGGCACGAUUCCUCCCAGUCAAAUGUGUCUGGGUUGUAUUCAUUAGGCACCUGCAGGGAGAUAACUGUCUGAAACCAGCCAGGAGUACCUGGACUUGGUCCAAUAGGAACCUCCUUAUUUUCAGUGUGUGAUGGGAAAAAAAGAUAUGUUUUGCUAUGGUGUGCCCUAAUGAAAACUUCCCUGUUGUAUUAAGCCCAUGGUGUACGAUCUCUGCCAUCACAGCCAUGCAUUAUUCAUCAUCAUUAGAGGUAGCUAGAAGCGCUGCCUGCUGCCAAUUACUUCUCCUGUAACCCUAACCGUAAAUGACUUCCAAAAGGGGUAUGUCACAUUUUAGAGUAGACAUUAACAUGUGAUGAUGACUUCAGUGAAGAUGAUUUACGAUGACGUGUGUUAAUCUAACCCAAUUCGUCAAUGGACUAAAUCCUGAUGUAUUCCUCUGAAUGGAGCCAUUAAUGUUAUGCUGAUAUACAGCCAUCUGACCAUCAUUACAAAAACAAACCCAUGCCGAAGUGCAGCACUGGUGGUAGGAUCAUGGGAGAGAAUGUGCAAGCUGGUACUGGUAACUUACUUUUUAUCUUCUGCUGUUCAGUUGAAUUUGAAUAAGUUGUUAAACUGGAAGUUAUCUGCCUGUGAUAAUAUUCAAUUAAGUUGGGCUAAACCUUUUUAAGACUGUAAAACUUAUGCUGAUAUCGAUACUAACGAUUGUGACACCCUUCAGAUACCCAGGGCUGAGCUAUUUAAAGCUAUUUUUUUUUCUGUGCUUCUGUUUUAGAUUUUCUAGUAGUGCCAAAAAUACGUUUUUUUGGGUUGUUUUUCGAUGUAUUCAAAAAAAAAUUGCUUUGAACAAAUGUAGACUUCCUGGUGCUUUUUGUGUUUCUGCUGCUGAACUAUUGCUCUGUUUUGAGGGGGUAGCGACCUCUUCUGACUCUGACCCCUCGGUAACGGAAUUCUGACCUCCUGCGUACGACGAGCGGUGGUCACAGACGUGAUGGACCGGCGAGAUGCCGGUGACACCAAACCCCUUGGCUACAUCGUCGUCCCACAAAUAGUGUCACAUACAGAAACCAAACACCAGGGCCUGGCCACUGCCUGCUGCACACUUGUUUUUAUAUGUACAUUGUAAUAUACUUGAAUCAUGUGACUCAUUCAACACUGCAUAGACUUUAAUCUCACUUCUUUUUUUUUUUUAGAUACAGGAAAACAUGUCUAAUAAAUUUUGGCGUAUUCUUUAAAAAAUA